AUGCUAAGAAUCUCUAUUCUAAGUGGUGAUGAUAUUUGCGCGAGGUUGAUCGUCUCCACUGUCCAGAAUGUGCAAGUUGAAGGAUGGGAUGACAACCAGCUUAAGUUAAUGGAAUUCUCCAGGCGACUUGAUCUUCUCCUAAAAAAUGAAUUACAACCAGUCAUCUACAUGCACAUCGAGGUCUAUCCGGAUGAUACGAAAUGUGCAGAAAACUCCAUCUACAGAACUCCGAACAAGGUGAAAUCUUUCAAUAUCACUUGGUCAGGCGAAUCUACCACAUCAUUACUGACGCCUGUUGCUGCUUCAGUUCCAUGCUUCCUUCUCCCUGUGGUUUUGGCUCUCAUCUACGCCGCUUUCAGCUCAGAAGAGCCACUUGCUGUCGUGACUGCAUCCGGUGCGGCGGUCCAAAAGGAAUGGUCUUGGACGAGUGCUCAAUUUGCUGUUAUUCUUCUCCCAAUUCUCUCAUUGGUAAUUUCUGCUCCGAGGCUGGGUCUGGAAUGGAAUGACGACCAGUGCUUCCAUAAUUACGCAUGUGCAGAACCUCUUUGGGUUUUCACCUCAUUCAAUCACAUCUUCAGCAAUGCAGGAUAUGUAUUUGAUAGCAUCUUCUAUCUCAUAUUUGUGAAACUUCGUAAAAAGAAACCUACGGCAAGGUAUGGUACAUACAACAAUUAUGGUUUGGAAAUCUCCAUGGGUUUGUCGCUUUUAUGCGAAGCAUUGGCAAGUUCCAUCUAUCACACAUGUCCUAAUGCUAUAACGUACAACUUGGGUACGGCUUGCUAUUCUGUCUAUCAACCAACUAGCAUUGUUGUUGUUUUUGUUCCAGAUACUCCAUUCAUAGAGGUGAACUGCCUACUUAUGAUGCUGAAGCUUUAUGGGAAUCGACGACAAGUUAUUACACCUCAACUCGCUAACAAUGCCGUGACAUCUGCGAUUCUAUUCGACAGCAUUAUUACGGUUUGUUUAUCAACCGAAUUAUGCUGUGCUGAUCUUCUGUCGAGAGCCGAUUGA